AUGCACCGACUCUUUGUUUUUAUAUUUGAGGACACUGCUGAAGUUGAUAGGUUGCGAAAAGCAUCUACUGACUGCGGUAUGAUGACUGAAGAUGAUAGUUUUAAAGCACGCAUGGAAGUGAGAAACAAAAGGCGUAGGGAGCUGUAUGCUGAACGUAAAAAAAUACAACGUGUAGGCACAUUUCGGCAAACUAGGCCUGAAUUUCUUGACGAAGCAGAAGUAAAUUUGAGUUAUAAAAGUAGUGGUUCUGGAGAAAUUGUCGAUGAUCAACAUUUGUACGAAAAGGAUCUGUGUGUACUUCACAGCCAGGUUGGUAUGUUACAAUUUGAUGAAUGCUUUGAUACAUGCGAUGCUUUGCUUUUUAAAAACAAUGGACGUAGUUAUAAUAAUCAUUUUGCUUUUACUUCAUUUGGUGUAAGAUGUGAUAAAGAUUUACACAAAAGUUACAAAGGUAUUUAUACAUUUCGAGUUCAAGGACAGGUCUAUCAUUAUAUAAACGAACUUUUACCAAGUGAUGGCUCUCCAUCAUAUCUGCAAUUGUACUUUUAUGAUACUGAUAACAAGAUACAACAUAGAUUACAAAAAUCAGACAAAUUUUUUGAGUCAAUCCUAAGAAAGUUGAUCAAUAUCUUAAAAAUCAAUCCAUACUCGAAAAUUUUCCGUUCAUUAAGUAAUAUUGAUGAUUUAAAAACAUACAAAAUACACAUUAGAUGUGACCCUGGUCUUGACCUGAGAGAAUACAAUACACCUUCUGUGUCACAAGUGGCUGGAAUUUGGAUUGAUGACGAUCCUUCUGCAGAUAUUAGAAUUCGUGAUAUAUCAAUUUAUUGUCAUUCUGGUGUUUCACAUAGAAUACAUUAUUAUUUUGGUUGUUAUGAUCCACUUCAAUAUCCAUUACUAUUGCCUUAUGGUGAACCUGGAUGGCAUGAACGUAUUGAAAAAUUCUAUAAAGAAAAAGUUCACCAAUCCCACAUAGCAGACAAUUCCAUGGAUUUGAAUAACAUACAUUCAGCCAACGAAUUAAUUGAUAGUGAAAAUGCAGCUUUGAUGAUGAGAAAAAAAGAUCACAGGUUUCGUGUCGUGAGUACUACUGUUAUAAACUUCAGGCUAGAUUAUUUUCGAAAUAAUCAAAAGGAAAUACGCGCAGAACUUUACCAAGAAAUUGUUGAUAGCAUAGAAAAUGGUGAAAAUAGAGGUUAUAAAGUUGGUCGAAAAAUUAUUUUACCAUCGUCCUUUGUUGGUGGGCCUAGAGAUAUGACAAAAAGAUAUAUGGAUGCAAUGGCAUUAGUGCAAAGAUUUGAUAAAUCAGAUAUUUUUUUAACAAUAACAUGUAAUCCUAAUUGGUUAGAAAUAAAACAAGAAUUAAAGAACAAUGAUAUUAGUCAAAAUAGACCAGACCUGACUACUCGUAUAUUUAGAGCUAAAUUGGAAGAGCUGAAAUUUGAUAUAGUAAAAUGUCGCAUUUUUGGACCAAUCGUUUCGUAUAUAUAUGUGAUAGAAUUUCAGAAAAGAGGACUCCCACAUGCUCAUUUUUUGAUAAUUUUUAAAUCAGGUUAUAAAAUUACAAGUGUUGAUUUAAUUGAUUCAAUUGUUUCAUGUGAAAUUCCAGAUACAAAUAAACAUCCUCAUUUACAUUCUGUUAUAGUAAAACAUAUGAUGCAUGGUCCUUGUGGUACAUUGAAUCCUAAGAAUGUUUGUAUGAACAAAAAAGGUGAAUGUAAACAUGACUAUCCAAAGGAACAUAACCCUAAAACUUCUCUUGGCAAAAAUAGUUACCCAAAUUAUAGACGUCGUGAAGAUGAAAAAUCAGUUACUGUUAGAGGACAUUUAUUAGACAACAGAUGGGUUGUCCCUUAUAAUCCCUACCUAUCUGCUAAAUAUGAUUGUCAUAUAAAUGUAGAAGUUUGUUCAUCUGUCAAAUCAGUUAAAUAUCUAUAUAAAUAUGUAUACAAAGGACAUGACAAAGUAAGUUUUUCUAUAAAUAAUGACAAAUCCAUGCCUAUCACUGAUGAAAUCGUAACAUAUCAGUCUGCGAGGAGGAUUUCACCACCUGAAGUAAUGUGGAGGAUAUAUGGAUUCAUUUUAUCUGAAAUGUCUCCACCAGUUAUUUCAUUACAAUUACAUCUAGAGAAUAGUCAAUCUGUUGCUUACAGAAAUUUUGAUAGUUUGUCUACAGUUAUUAAUAGAGAUCACAAUAAACGAACAAUGUUAACUGAAUUCUUUCGGAUGAAUAUUAUAGAUGAAUUCGCCAAAACUUUGUUAUAUAGAGAAUUUCCACACUUUUUUGUAUGGGAUGCACAAAGUCGAAUAUGGGCUCGAAGAAAGAAAAGAAAUGUUAUUGGGAGAAUAGUUACAGCUAAUAUAAUCGAAGGAGAAAUAUAUUAUUUACGAGUUUUACUCAAUCAUAUUAAAGGAGCAACAUCAUAUGAAAAUUUGAAAAUGAUAAAUGGAGUUUCUAUGUCGUCAUUUCGCGAGGCAGCUCUUUUACGUGGUUUACUAAAUAGUGAUAACUAUUGUGAGCUAUGUUUGGAAGAAGCUGUUACUUAUGAAAUACCAAGUUCUUUGCGCCGUUUAUUUGCUACUAUCUUAACUUUGUGUGGACCUAAUGAUCCAAAAGCACUAUGGAAUAAAUUUCGUAACUUUAUUUUUGAGGACUAUAUAAAUCUUGGUAUCUCUGACUUAGAUGCAGAAAUUAGAGCUUUACAGGAAAUAAAUUCUUUAUUAGAACCAGCUGGUAAAAAUAUCAAUGAAUAUUGUGUUGUACCUUUUGAGAUAACUAUAGGAGAAGAAGAAAGAUUAGGUAACAUGAUUGCUGAGGAAAUGAUAAAUGUUAUUAGCGAAUUUGAUAUUUUAUACACAGAAUCUUUGAACAAAGAACAACAGAUUGCUUUUAAUAAAAUCGUUACAGAAGUUUUUUCUGAUGGCGGUGGUAUGUUUUUUAUUGAUGGACCAGGUGGAACAAGAAAAACGUAUCUCUACAAAGCAUUGCUUUCAGCUGUAAGGUCAAAAAAUUGUAUAGCCUUAGCUACUGCUUCUUCUGGAAUUUCUGCUUCUUUAUUACCAAGAGGUCGAACUGCACAUUCCAGGUUUCAAAUUCCUCUUGAAAUAUCCAAUAAUAUGACUUGUUCAAUUAGUAAACAAUGUGCAUUAGCAAGUUUAUUAAGAAUGACAAAAUUGAUUAUUUGGGAUGAAGCACCAAUGUAA